AUGAACGCCGCGACCGACUUUUACCGGUCGCAGGUCGGCGGUACGGGCGUAAUCAACUAUAGCUACACGGAUUUUCCCUGGCGUCUGUUCCUCAAAGAUGUUUACUACUUUUUUGUGUACUGCUGGGCGCUGCCGUGGGUGGUCCUGCCGCUCACGCCGGCCGACUCGGGGGAGUUGGAUGAGCUCUACCCCAGUUGGGCAAAUUUGCAGUGUCUUGCUGUUCACACGAUACUCAUUCUCCUCCAGCUCUUCUUCUUCUUUGGCCUACUAGUCGCUGUGCUGUUUCCCGUGUGGCUCGGCGCCGUGUUUGUCGGCGGCUGCCUGUUCCUCAACUGGCUGCUUUGUCUUCUCUUGAACGGAAAAAGUAUGACCUUUCACUCAGACGAAAAAUAUGCAAAGGCGCUGCCACAGCAUGAACAUGAGCAGUGGAUCUUCUUGAAUGGUGUUGCUGCAGGGGAACAUUGGAUGAAGAAUAACCUGAACCGACUUGCCAUCACCUUUGGCCGACCGAUCCUCGGCGUUCAUAACCGCACGUCGGGAAUCAUUUUCGAUGUCCUAGAGUGCCUGGUCCAGCGCAAUUUUUCCUACGCCACUAACGAUGUUCGCGUGUGCUACAAAGUUGUGCGGGAUGUGCUCUAUAACCCGUCGAAAACCAAGGUCAUCUUUAUCUUGCAUUCUCAGGGUGGAAUUGAGGGAGGGUUAGUGCUAGACUGGCUUCUCCAAGAAAUGCCCCAAAAUCUCUUGUCCAAGUUGGAAGUUUACACCUUUGGCAACGCUGCGAACCACUUCAACAACCCCCAUCGCCAUGUCGAAUCUCAAUCUUUGACGAUUGAGAAGCCACGGGAGGCCCUUGCGACGUUGGUAACGGAAACGAGCUUCUCAAACAUGCACGUCGACACCUUGAUAGAUACAGGCGAGGGCAAGCCCCCGUCUCUGGUGACCCAGUCCUCCAGCAUGUCAGCAUCAUCCCGGAGCUGGAACGCGGCGCAGGACCGUGCCAUCGGAUACAUUGAGCAUUUUGCGCACACGACGGAUUUUGUUGCCAUGUGGGGGGUUUUGCAUUUUGCAACAAACAAAAUGGGUUCGCCACAGCUGCCCAGAUUCAUGGGACGUCUUUUCAGCCGAUCCACUAGACGUGGUGGCCACCAGUUCAACCAGCAUUAUCUCGAUGGCAUGUUUCCGCUGGAGAGGGACCCCCAUACAGGAGAGCUUAUCGGCGCGGCUGAAAAGAAUGAAUUCAUGGAAGAGACGAUCAAAAUCGGCAAGGAAGGCGCCGGCAUGGAGAACACACGAGAGGCUUUUGACAUUACAUACAUGGGCACAAUGGGAUUCGGAACCGGUGAUAUUAGCACACCAGUGGAAGUUCAUGGCGCUCUUAACAAGAACAAGCUGGUGCAAGAAUACAAGGUCAAGGACGUUUGCCGACUUUGGAGCUACAGAAACGGGCGCUGUCCGCAAGAUACGACGUCUGUCAUGGGCGCUGAGGCCAUCAUGGCACGCACCGCCACGAUUUAA